AUGUCCAGUAUCACUGCACCGUACACUGUCAAUUCUACACCCCGUCCUCGGACGCCCACUACCUCGGGGACCUCUGCUAAUGAUGACGACUAUCCCUCCUGGUUUAUCCCUGUUGUAAUAGCUGGCUCUGUGGGCUUUCUACUAUUGGUUCUUAUUAUUAUACUAUACUGCCGGUGGAAGAAAGGAGCGCCGCCUAAGAAAAUUCAACCACAGGCAGGUUCUCCCAUUGAGGAAGAAGUGCAUAAACCAAGGGUAAGUGCAUGAUUGUCAAAGCAAUUUGUACAUGGAAAUUUCGAGUCCAAUUUUGAAUGUAUAAAAAUUAUACUGGAAAUUUCUAUCUACAAAUCCCUUCAUGAUCAAGAAUUAGUUAUCGAAUGAGAUGCCCAAAAUCCUGUCAUUUUUUAAGUGAUUAAUAUUAUCAUUUGAUUUUAGAAUUAGUUCAUCAGUUUAAUCUCGCCAUUUUUCAAAUUUCUCACUCCCUUUUGGCGUAUUUUGUUAUACAGUAUACAGUACUUUUGGCAAUUUCCAAACUCUGUGGUAAUUAAGUUCUUUGACUUGUAAUAAUUUUCUCCUACGAUUUUUAUUCUGUUUCCGACAAACACACUAAAAUGGCUAAAAUAAAUUAUUGCGAAUUAUUAAGUGAAUGUAAGUGCAUAAUGCCUUUAUAUGUAUACAGGUGUACAUCUUGUCAUAAAUGAUCGCGUUGAUUGUCAUCCCACCUGCUUUGAAAUAAACUCGCGAUAAAACUUAUAUGUCGGACGAUCAUGCAUCUAAAAUAUACAGUUAAAUGGCUGUUAUAUAUGAGGCUUAUAAAAUUGUGAAAAACGUAUUCGAAAUUCCAAAAACAGAUUUCUUACUUAAAUGUAACCCACAAAAGGCAUGAUGUUUACAAGGUUUUGUUGAAGUUAAUCAACAAGAAGGAAGUCAAAAACCUUGAAGGACAAACUUUGGCCGGGCGGUAGAAUAUAAAGGCCCGUGCAUUUGCACUCUCAUUUCCACAGAAAGAAAAUUUUGUAAAAUGUGAUUGACCGACACAAGGUUAGGGUUAGGAUUAGGGUUAGAGUUGGUGUUUGGAGCAGGGUUAGUGUUAGUAAAACCGUUGCUUUGUUACGUUUUGUCACUCUGAGGCCAGCGAAGUAAUACCUUCCCAUGCACUUGGUAACGGUCGCGCCCCGAAUCGUGACCAAAGCUCAAUGCUCAACCACGCCCACCCACCCUUACCAGAUUUAGCUGGAUCCAUCCUUGGCCGAAAGGGAGAAAUACUUAAUAAUAUACUUCACGAAGUUUAGAGCAAAUGCAUGAGAGUUAGUACAAAGACAUAUAUAAUUGACAAACGCAGCUUUGAAUUCAUAUAAGCAGUCAAGUGAAAAACGAUAAACUAAUCAAAAUUGCAUAAACAUGUCAGGCACAAUCUGCAUAAGUUUACUAUUAGAUACCUUCACCCAGGCUAACUGACUGUAUAUGCAAGGUUUCGUUGUGAUCAGUUACAGUAUUUUAGAAACGCAGACCAUUGUGAGCAUCCUUUUAUGAAAAAAAUGACAAAACAGACAUAUUGUUAACAUUUCACCUUAAACCCACAAAAAUCAAGGUUCGUAAUCAUUUCAAUGGGAAAAUAUCGUUGGCGGUGUUUCUAUUCAGGAUUUUGGGCAUCUCGAUAUGCAUGACUCAUUUUUGAAGGGAUUUAUUUGUAUAUCGAAAUUUCGAGUGGAAUCAUAAAUCCAUUCAAAAAUUAGUUAUAUCAAGUGAGAUGCCCAAAAUCCUGACCCAUUCACCAUACAUUAGUAUUUAUACAUGAACUUGUGGUUAGAGCUUAACAACUGUCUCUCUGUAACACAGUUGGUUAGCACUGCACCAGAAUUGUAGUGCUGCAGGGUUAAUUCCUACCAGAGGGCCGAUAUAGUCCCAUUUUUCGCAACUGCUCCUGGUUAUAGGUGUCAUAAAUGUAUAAAAAUUUCCAUUCGGUGUUUUUAUUCACAUACUGUACAGCUGUAGUACAUAUCCAAAAUAAGAUAUUUGCAAAGUCUUAAUUGUAUUCAUAUAAGAACUUUAAAAUGUUUUAACAUUAUUAAUAGAUGACACAUGCUGCUGAACCGGAAGCCAGACCAACUUUACGCCGGCCUCCUCCUACACCAACACGACCAACUGUCUCUGUUGAAGAAAAUGGUCACAGUGAACCACGACCAAAAGCUGCUCCACGUGCUCCUGCGCGAAAACUUCCGGUGAGAGAAGGCUCUGUGAGAAAAAAAGUUACCAGUAGAGAGAGCAUUAUUACGAGGUAAGGAAAUUCAAAGACCCACCAGUUGAUAUAUAUAUAUAUAGUGAUUUUGCUCCCGUUUGGAAGAACUUGUUUACAUUUUUUAAAUGAUAUAAAAACUUACUAGGUUAUGAUUGAAAUGACAUCUAACUAUGCCAAUGUAGCUAGUGCCAUAAUAAGAACGCUGCGGGUUGAUAGAGAUACAACUACGUGAAAAAAACAAGGAGAGGUCCGACAUUUCGAGCGAAGGCCCCUCGCCGGCAGUUUUCGGCUACUAACUUCCCGACGAAGGAGCUUCGCUUGAAACGUCGAAGCUCUCCUUGUAUUUUUCAGGUAGUUGAAUGUAUCUCUAUCAAUCCGCGUCUUUCUAUAAGUGAAAUAUCCGCCGUCUAGGCUAAAAGUAUCGUCGAAAUGUACUCUACAUUACCGAGAAGGUGAUGUAGAGUACAUUAAUUUCAACGAUAGUAGUUUCCCGUUCAGGGAAGAUCAUUCAUUAGUAAGAGGACGGUAGCAAUCGGAAAAUGUGAUUCGCGCCUAAAUAGAGUUUAAUAUGGUCUACCACGUACGCGGCAAAUUUCACGGCGUAGUUUCAAUUUCAGCUCAAGAAUGACCACAAAGGAAGUUGAUUACUGUAUAUUAUAAUAAUGGUGGAAGAUAUAUAGCCUUACAUCAGAAAAUACGAUGCCGUGUCUGCUGAAACGCUGGUUUUAUGUAACCGCCUAAUUAAAUAUAUGGUAUAGUUUAGUGUUGCGUUCAGAAUUACGACGCUGUUGAGGAUACUCCUGGGAUGGCAAAUGAUUUAUUUGUUGUCUUAUAUGAAGAAUUUCUUUGUUCCAAGGUGCCGUGUCGUAGGUGUUAAGGCCAUUUACACUACACACUUUUGCUUAAAUCUGUCACAUACAACCUGCUUACAACUUGAGUUGUACUGUGUAAAUCAAGCACAAAACUCGCCUAUACGCUGUCGUAGGUGAGUUGUGUGCUUGAUUUACACUGUACAACUCCAGUUGUAAGCAGGUUGCAUGCGAAAGUUUUAGGCAAAAGUUGUGUAGCGAAAAUCGGCCUUUAUAUGUAAACUAUAUCUGUCAUCGAAUCUUGGACACGAAGUUGUAUUGAGAUCAAAAGCUAUCCUAGAUACUGUACUAUAUAUGUGCGCAGUAUUUUUGAGCAUUCGACUGUAGCCUUGCCUUUGCUACUUGGGUUGCUUAAGCAGUUACUACUGUGUACGAUUCGUUCUUGUAAAGAACGUUGUCCAUAGUAACGUCUUAAAUUAUUUUCCAGAACAAAUCCUGCAUAUGAUCCCGAGGAAGACAGUGUUGACGAAAGUGUAACAGACGUGAGAGUUCCUCGAAGCAGACGUCCAGAAACUAAGGUCGUAGUGGAAGGACGAACAGAGUUGGAGAUACCAGCGAGAGCAAUUCCUCCACAGUCUGUUAAGAAAUCUCUUUUGUCGGACGCGCAGGAUGAAAGUGACGAAUCUGAAGGAGAAAGUGUGAUUACGGCUAAAGACAGCGUGUUUACUGAAAAUACUAAUGAG